UUGGAAAGAUUUGCACGGUACAUGAUUCGCACAAGUUACGUUCCUCUCGCGUGCUUUGUUAGGAUAUCAGCGUAUCAUGGCUAAGCCGUGUUAUAAAUUGAGGACCUCGCUUUUCGGACACACGUCUGAUGUGAGAGCCGUGGCAACAUUCGCCGAUGGAAUUAUUGUAUCAACCUCCCGCGACAAAACAGCUCGUGUAUGGAAACCGUCCGGAAAUGGUAGAGACUAUGAACAAGCAGCAAUGCUAAAGGGACACUCUAAUUUUGUUAGCUCUGUAUGUGUUCUAAACCCAUCAGAAAGACAUCCUACAGGUUUCAUUAUAACCGGUAGCAACGAUAAAACCAUAUGCAUUUAUGUACCAGAUCAAACAGAACCUAUGAACAUAAUAAAAGCUCACCAAGACACAGUAUGCAAAUUAAGAACAGGUAAAAAAGAAGGAACAUUUCUUUCAAGUUCGUGGGACUUGAGUGCUAAGCUAUGGAAUAUUAACAAUUUAAGUAAACCACAGCUGAAUCUGGAAGGUCACACAGCCGCUGUAUGGUGUGUGGCAGAUUUAUUAAACGGAUCUAUUGUCACCGGAUCGGCAGAUAAAUUGGUUAUAAUUUGGACAAACGACGGUUCUCUACAACAUAAAUUAACCGGGCAUACCGAUUGUGUUCGUGAUAUCGCUACAAUAAAUAACAAUGAAUUUUUAACAUGUUCCAACGAUGCCACUGUGCGCCAUUGGAACUCAACCCUUGGAACAUGUUUAGGAACAUAUUGUGGACAUGAAAAUUAUAUUUAUAGUAUUUUAGCUAAGGAAAGUGGUACAAAUGUAUUUACUUCAGGUGAAGAUAGAACUAUCAGGGUAUGGCAUAAUAGUGAAAUAGGUCAAACUAUUGUAUUGCCAACUCAAUCAAUAUGGUGUAUCGAUUUAUUCCCUAAUGGUGACAUAGUUGCUGGAAGUUCUGAUGGUAUUGUUAGGAUAUUUACAUGUGAUUCGGAUCGAUAUGCUGAUGCAGAGACAUUACAGGCAUUUGAGCAGGAGGUAGCGCAUACCAAGUUAAAUGCUCAACAAGAAUUAGGUGGGAUCAAAAUUAAAGAUUUACCAAGCAGAAAUGCAUUGCAAGAGCCUGGUCAAAGAGAUGGACAAACAAAAGUUGUGAAUGAUGGAGAUGUAGUAAGAGCAUAUAGCUGGUCACAAAAUGAACAAAGAUGGAUAAGAAUUGGGGAUGUCAUGGGUGCAACGGGCGGUAGUGCAGUUACGUCUGGAAAACGACUUUAUAAUGGAAUAGAAUAUGAUUAUGUGUUCUCGGUUGAUAUACAAGAUGGUGUACCUCCGUUAAAACUACCAUAUAAUGAUGGCCAAGAUCCUUGGCAUGUUGCACAGAGAUUUCUUCAUGACAAUGAUCUUAGUCAAUUAUUUUUAGAUCAGGUUGCAAAUUUCAUAAUAAAAAAUUCUCAAUCUGUACCAGUUGUAAAUGCCGGUGCACAGUAUGCUGAUCCUUUCACAGGAGGCAAUAGAUAUAUUCCGCGCACGACAACAGAUGCAACUGAACAGGAGGAGCCUGUGAGACCAGUAGUGCUUAACUCUUCAGAUUCUUCUGUAUCUUCUUCUUAUAUUCCUCAUACAAAAUACUUAAAAUUAGAGCAUGCCAAUCUGUCUGCUAUAUUAGACAAAUUACGUGAAUUUAAUUCCAAGCAAGGCGAAGCUUUAAAAGUAUCCGAUGAUAAAUUAGACACCUUGAUAACCCUUGGGGAAGAACAAACUUCUGAACAAUUAGGAAUUGAUGUUUUAAGUACUUUGAAGAUACUUUUAAAUUGGCCGGACGAUAUAUUAUUUCCCGUGCUCGAUAUAACAAGACUCGCUGUACUUUAUAAAGAAAUCAAUGAUGCGCUAUGUACGGAUGAUCUAUUGCAAAUUGUAAAAAAACACAUCAAACCUGAUGCAUCUGCUUCUAAUCAAAUGCUCGCGUUUCGUUUAUUAGCGAACAUGUUUUGCCAUGAAAAAGGAGAAAGGCUCGGUUUUAAUUGUAAAGACGAAAUAUUAAAACUUUUAUCAGAUUUGGAAUUCCUUGGAAGUAAAAAUAAUCAGGUCGCAAUAUCAACUUAUAUAUUGAAUUUAACCGUGGCUUUAAAUAAGUACAAUGAUGCAGUUGGUAGGGCACAAUGCUUGAAUGCAAUGUUUUCCGUUUUACCUCAUUUAAAUGAGCCCGAAGCGGUAUUUAGAACUCUUGUGGGACUAGGAACACUUUUAUAUACAACAUCAGAUUCAAAAGAUCGUAAUGACUUAAUCAAAGCGGUAAAACAAUCCGAAGUUGCAUUAAAUGUAUUAAAAACUAUGUCGGAAACGAAUGUCCCAGCGAAUACUACAAAUAAGCUGGCAAAUUGUUCAAAUCAAAUUAUUAGUUUAAUCUUUUAAAUAUUAUAAGGUAUUCUAGAAAAUUUAUAAAAAUGAAACGGCGAACACAAGACUCAAGUAAUUAAUGUUGUAAUUAACGAAUAUACUUAUCAACAUUGCGUUAAAUAGGUUUCUUAUAUUUUAUGCAGUUUGGUGAUUAAAACAUUAUAAUUACUCAUUGCUAAUAAAAGUACAUUUUGCCAUAA